GUGGUGGCCUUUGCCCAGCAGGCUCUGCAUCAGGCUGCUGCGGCUGGCAGGGUCGUGUUACUGGAAGGACGCGAAGAGACUUUGGAUUUCAUUCCCAGUGAGUACCGCUUCCGGCUGGUGCUCCCAGAAAGCUGCAACCUACUCCGCGGGCAGCGGCGUGCGGCCCAGCGAAUUUUGGGCGAGGCGAGGGAGAUCUUGGCGAAGGAGGAAGUAGACACCGUUGAGGAUGUGCUCAUCAAGGCGAUGCACGCAGUUGCGAAGGGCCGCAAGCUGGAAUAG